CCUGCCUCAGUUUCCCUGCCUGUGAGGGGUUGAGGCCCCGGAGAUGACAGAACUCUGCGGGGGGCUGGGACAUCUUCCCCCCACUAACGACCCCCGGCCCCUUCCAGCCCCCAGCCCGCGGCUGCCCGGAGCAGCAGACGACCCCACCCCCACCCCGUCCGCGGGCCGGGACAUGAGGGAGGAGGCCCCGCCCGGCCCGACAGAGCAGCCCCGGCGCCCGCCAGCCACAGCGCAGCAUGGGGCUCGCCCCCCUCCUCGCCCUCUGCCUCUGGAGCCGGGCGCUGGGUAGUGACAUUCUGGGGCUGAGGCCACCGAGCGGCCCUGCCCUGACCCCCAACACGGUGUGCCUGACGCUGCCGGGGCUCAGCAAGCGGCAGAUGGGGCUGUGCGUGCGCAGCCCAGACGUGACGGCCUCGGCCCUGCAGGGCACCCAGCUCGCCAUCCAGGAGUGCCAGCGCCAGCUGCGGGACCAGCGCUGGAACUGCUCCAGCCUGCAGGGGGCGGGCCAGGUGCUGCAGGACAGCGCCAUCCUCAAGAGAGGCUUCCGGGAAAGCGCCUUCGCCUUCUCCCUGCUGGCGGCGGGCGUGAUGCACUCGGUGGCCACGGCCUGUAGCCUGGGCCAGCUGCAGGGCUGCGGCUGCGCGUGGGGGGAGCACGGCGGCCAGGAGAAGCAGCGGCUGAAGCUGAGCCAGCUGCAGGCACUGUCCCGGGGCAAGGGCCUCCCCCCUCACCUGGCCUCGCUCCUGGGCGAGCCCGGCCCACAGGACACCUGGCAGUGGGGCGGCUGCGGGCCCGACAUCGGCUUCGGGGAGCGCUUCUCCCGGGACUUCCUGGACUCACGAGAGGCACCACGCGACAUCCAGGCCCGGACGAGGAUCCACAACAACUGGGUGGGCAGGCAGGUGGUGGCAGAGAACAUGAAGCGCAAGUGCAAGUGCCACGGCACGUCGGGCAGCUGCCAGUUCCGCACGUGCUGGCCGGUGGUGCCCGAGUUCCGGCUGGUGGGCGCGGUGCUGCGGGAACGGAUGCAACACGCCGCCUUCAUCAGCACCCACAACCGCAACAGUGGCGUGUUCGGGCCACGGCUGGGCCAGCGCCGCCUGGCCCGCGAGCUGGUCUACUUUGAGAAAUCGCCCGACUUCUGCGAGCGCGACCCGGCGCUCGACUCACCUGGCACCCGUGGCCGCGCCUGCAACCACACCAGCCCCCGCACGGACGGGUGCGCCAGCCUGUGCUGCGGGCGAGGCCACAACAUCCUGCGCCAGACACGCCGCGAGCGCUGCCACUGCCACUUCCAGUGGUGCUGCUCCGUGCUGUGCGAGCAGUGCCGGCUCAGCACCUGGCUCAGCGUCUGCAAGUGAGGGGGGCCGGCUGUGCCCCCCCCAGCCCUGCCUCCUGCCCUGGCAGCAUGGAUGGAGCAGCCCCCUGCCCUCUGCCCUCUGCCCGACACGGGGGUCCCUGCAGGGCCCCCAGCAGCGUAUGCAAAGGUUGCGGGCCGAAUAGAGGGGCAGCACCCCAACUCCGCAGCUAUAACUCCUAGGGCUUUGUGGGAAGGGAACAAGAAGCAUGGGGGGGCACUGCAGCAGGG